AUGAAGAAGAUUUCAAUCUUUGCAUAUCUUGCACUAGUAGCUCUCCUGUUCACCGUAGUUCUCUCUCAUAAGGCAGAAUUAGAAGAUGAAGAAAUUAUCAAUGAACAGGAAUUGAUUUAGCAAAGCACCUCCAAGGUACAGGCACCAGAAGAUACUAUCUAGAUUCCAAGUUUUCCAGAGGAUCAUGUUCCAGUUAAUCCAGGAUUCUCGUAUUAUGCUUAAAAGUACAAUUAUGAGGCAUUAUGGAUAGUAGUGUUUAUUGUAGCCAUUCUUAUGUUCUUCAAGGGCAGAGGCUCGAAUGAUGCUUUAGCUCAGGAGUGGAAGAAAGCAUGUUCUUAGGUGAUUUCAUAGAAUUUUGCUCAUUUCGGAGUGUCCAAAGAGACAUCCACAUCAAUGGAGAAGAUCAGCUAUUCUGAGUAUUUGUAUUUCGCAUCGGGAAGAUAGAAUUGUCACUAUGCUUUAUUUAAGUUUGACUUGAAGAAGAGAUAAUGCCUGUUUACUACUCUCGGAUUUGAAAUUAUUUGGCCAAAGAAAGAUCAAGUCAUUGUUGAGAUUCCAAUAAGUGUAGGAGAGUAUCCCCUAGGAGAUGGCAGUUCAACUACAAAAAUUCCAAUAGAAUUUGUUAUGUGCAGAACUAGAGAUAUCAAGAAUUUCCAUAAUCAAUUCCCCUACAUCAAAAAGUUUAUUGCUCCUCUUUUGGCCAAAUCAUAUCAACCAGAAAAAUAAGAUAGCAACACUUUGGUGAUUUAUGGAGAAUCCACAGAAGCAGUUAAUCAUAUAAUUGAUCAAUAAAUUGGAGAUAUUCUUAGCAGAAAUGGAGCAGGCAAUAUUGCUGAGAUUCAUAUUACUGAUCAGAAGGUUUAUAGCAACUUAGCAGUGUUAAAUAUUGAUACUAACCCAGACAAGCUACAAGAAAGUGCUAAGGUCUUGAAAGCUCUUCUGAUGAUGGUAGAUAAAGUUGCCACUCUAAGAUUAUCUAAAGAAGCAAGAGCUAAGGCUGAUAAAAAUAGAAAGGAAGCUGAGAAGUUAAAGGCAAAGGAAAAGUCUGAAGAAGAGGAGGAAAAGAUAUUAUAAAAGAAGAGGGAAGAAGAUAAAAAAUGGCAAGAAAAACUCAGAUCUCUACCACCUGAUGAGCAAAGGAAACUAGAAGAUAAAAAGAGGUAGAAAGAUAUGCAAAAGCAGAGAGCUAGACUAUCUAAAAUAGUUAAAUUUUGA